CCCAACGAGGGCGCACGCAACGUGUUCGAGAGAUUGCCUCAGAGAGAGAGAGAGAGAGAACCCCAGCAACCAUGUCGUGGGAUCAUCGUCGCAAGCUCCUCCUCCUCCUCUCCCUCCCCCUCUCCUCCUCCUCCUCCUCCUCCUCCGCCGCCGCCGCCGCGCGCCGCCACCACCGCCACCUCCUUCGCCCAAUCCCACCAUCUUGGGUUUCCCCGCCCCAUUCCUCUCCCUUCCUCCACGAGUCUAGGGUUUCGGGGAGGUUCUCCUUCUCCUCUUCCGCGGCGGAUUCCGUUGGAGCAGGAGGAGGAAGGAGGUUGUCGAAGUGUUGGAAUUGUGGGACCGCAUCGGGCUCUCCCGCCCCCUUCCUUGCGUGCGGAACCUGCGGAAGCGUGCAACCCGUGGACGCGUCCGUGGAUUAUUUCCAGAUAUUCGGACUGAAAAGGGCAUAUGAAGUAAAGGGCGAUAACUUAGAAGGCAAAUACAAGGAUUGGCAGAAGAAGCUACAUCCUGAUUUAGUUCAUACUAAAUCUGAGGAUGAAAAGGCUUUUGCUGCUGAGCAGUCGGCCCGAGUAAUUGAUGCAUAUCGAACUCUCAUCAAUCCUUUGUCAAGGGCAUUAUACUUGUUACGACUUGAGGGUGUACAAGUUGAUGAAGAGAAAACAAUCUCAGAUCCUGAACUUCUUGUUGAGAUGAUGGAGAUUCGCGAAGCCGUUGAUGAGGCCGAUGACUCUCAAGCCCUAGAGCGGAUAAAAUCUCAGGUCCAAGGAAAGCUUGAAACCUGGUCAAAUUCGUUCAAGCAAGCAUUCGAAAAGCAGGACUUAGACACUGCAGUAGCCUCCACGCAGCGAAUGCGAUAUUACGAGCGUGCGAUGGAAGAGAUCGUCAAGAAACUUUAAUUGCGUUACUCACUAAAGCACUGAAACCCGACUGCGCAACUGAGUUCACAGAGCUCGAAAUCGCUCCCCUGUUGUUGAGUUGUUGGCGUUACAGCUGCCGGCUUUUCUGGUUAUCCCGGCAAUGAGAGCUAAAGAAUAUUCUUUGUAAUUUCAUUCAUAAGUUGGAGCAUAUCUUAUGAAUGAAUUCCAUCUUUGUAAUGUAUACGCGAUGCGCUUACAUAACAAAGCACAUGUUAAAGAGCAAGUUGUGAUCUUAUAUUCGUUUCUUUGAUAUAUUAGAGCGUUUGUAAUAAGUAUACAAGAUUUUGUUGAUCCCAGCUAACUAGGUUCUCAAGCAUGAGCAAUGUCAAUGUUGUAGUUCUAGGCAUAAUUAAACUUUACUGAACUCUUUGUGGUGUUUUCAA